AGAUUGAUGAAAUAUUUAUCAGAACAUGUCCGACAUCCAUCGAAGGUCACGAUAACCUCAAAGUGGAAGGCGUUGUUCCGCUCGUAAAUUUUAGAAAGGAGAACAAGUUUAUUCGUUCUUUGCGAGUGCUCCUUCUAACAAAUCGAUAGCGGUUACAAAAAUGGCGUACGCCGGAAGAGUUUUGAUUUACGGCGGCAGAGGAGCGCUGGGCGCUAAAUGUGUGUCCCAUUUUAAAGCGAACAGUUUCUGGGUGGGCAGCAUCGACUUGGCUGAAAAUCCGGAAGCAAACUGUAACAUCGUCGUUGACAAAAAUGAAAGUUUCGCGGGACAGGAGACUUCUAUAAUAGCAGCAGUCGGAGAAGCGCUAAAGGAUGAGAGAUUGGACGGUAUUUUUUGUGUAGCCGGUGGUUGGGCUGGAGGUAACGCUAAGAAAGACCUUUGCAAGAAUUCCGAGCUCAUGUGGCAGCAGAGCGUGUGCAGUUCGCUGAUCGCAGCCUCCUUGGCAGCCAAAUAUUUGAACGAAUCUGGCGUCCUGCAACUAACCGGAGCGAAAGCCGCACUCGAACCGACCCCCGGGAUGAUAGGGUACGGUCUGGCGAAAAGUGCAGUGCACCACUUGACCAAAUCUCUUGCGGAUAAAAGCGGAGGGCUUCCGGAAAAUUCGGUGGUGCUGGCAAUUCUACCCGUAACGCUAGAUACGCCCAUGAACAGAAAGUGGAUGCCCGAUGCGGACCGUUCGACUUGGACCCCGUUGGAGUUUGUCGCGGAUCUUUUUGUCAAGUGGGCAAAGAGGGAAGGAAGGCCCGAAUCAGGAACGUUGUUACAGCUCGUCACGAAGGAAUCUCGAACUAGUGUUACCGCUGCAUAAUACAUUCCCUACUUGGCCAAUGGAGCUCGUAUCCUAACCUAACUUACCGAAUUUAUACGACAACGGCUCUCUCUGACCAAAUUUUGUGAUUUAUCACAUAUGUGUUAAUAAAUACACAAAAAGUUACGAAUAUAUUUUUGUUUUGUUGUUUAUUAUAUACAAAUAUAUAAUUGCAUUAUCGAUUA